GAAACGGGGACAUUCAUUCCUCUCAGCUCGGAUCUGCCUGCUGCCUGCACUGCUUUACACAGAGCCCUGCACUGGCCCCGGAGCCUGAUAUCUCUGCACUAAAGAAACCCAAAACCUUGAGAGAAAAUGCUCCUCUUACUGCUGGGAAUCAUCGUCCUGCACAUCGCUAUUCUGGUGCUUCUAUUCGUCUCUACUAUUGUUAGUAGCUGGCUGGUGGGCAAUGGCUAUUCAGCAGAUCUGUGGCAAAACUGCAGCGGGCCGGCCACCGGAACCUGGCAGUGUCUCACCUCGUCCAGCAAUGAGUGGCUUCAGUCUGUGCAAGCGAUGAUGAUCCUCUCCAUUAUCUUCAGCGUUCUGUCUUUGUUCUUGUUCUUCUGCCAACUCUUCACGCUUACGAAAGGAGGGCGCUUCUAUCUUACUGGAUUGUUCCAGGUCCUUGCUGCGGUUUGUGUCAUGGCGGGAGCAUCCAUCUUUACAGCGCGGCACACAGAAUGGCAAACAGCAGAAGUAGCCAGCUACGGCUUUGCCUAUAUUCUGGCAUGGGUGGCAUUCCCCCUUGCCGCCAUUAGCGGCAUCAUUUACAUCAUCUUGAGGAAACGCGAGUAAGAAGCAAACCUCGCCCAAGGCCGUCGAAAGGAAAAACUCCAAAUGAAAGUCACAAUUAAAAAGGGGAACCCAGAGAUUUCAAAACCAAAACAUUUCAACCUUCCCUCACCCCCCCCCCCCCCCAAAAAAGAGAGAGAGAGUGGUGGGGCGAGGUUCCUGUGUUAAUUAAAGAUGUAAAUAGUAUCUAUGGUUGAAAAACCUAUUUAUAACACUUUUUACAUAUGUGUACAUAGUAUUGUGUGCUUGUUUGUGACCGCUAGCUUCUGUGAUCUAAACACCAAACCCAAAAAUGGAAGGACAAGUACUCAUCAUUUGUUGUGCCUUACAAAUAUGCCAACAGUCUUAAUGUAUACCAAAUAUCGGCUUGUAGAUAAGAUUGCCAAUCAAAAUGGCCUCCAAAGAGAGAGAGAGAGAGAGAUUGAAGGCUGUUUUUGAUAAUACAAUGGGGUACCAUUCUGCACCCUGCUGUUGUUAAGCUUCCCCAGGUCCAUAUAAUACAUAAAGAGAGAGGCUGAAGACCUGGUGACUUUAAACAAAGGUGUCUAAAUUGGUCAAGUGUCUGGGGAAGUGGCCGUUAUGUUUCAGGUGCCCUCUAUGGGCAGCAUCAUGACACCUUCUGACAAUUGCACUGAGACUGUCAAAUCGGUGGGAGUACAAAUAUAUAAAGCAGGUUCUAGUUUGAGUUGACCUUUUUUUGGGCAUUUAGAGGGAAGGAAAGCAGUAACACACUGGAUUAGCCCUUUCUUUCCCCAAAUUGAGGGAAGUGGGCAGUGACGUUCAGGACAAUGCCAAGAGCGCCCGUUCAUUCUCUUGUGCUAUUGCUUUCUGCUGCAGUAUUUUGCCUUAUGAUCUUCUGCUAAAGGGAGAUGGGCCUUUCUUCUAAUAAAACCAUCACUGCCAGAAGAGCUUGCAAUUCAUUGCAGAGUCCCAUGAGUGACAGGAUACAUUCUUGUCUCCAUGCUAAGAACCUGCAGAGAGAGAUUACAGUAUAUGUAUAUUUUUUAUUGUAGCCGAUACGCAUGUAUGAUACAUAUAUAUACGAAGUAUAUAGGAAAAUAUAAGGAAGACACAAUUGUUUACUGAAUGUUAUAGCUAGUUUCCCCUUUAAUCGUCACCUCUGCAGCGCUGAAGAGGCUGGUGACACCUCCCUGGCGCAGCGGAGGUGGAUAAACAUUAGUCUGUAAUGGUUCUUUUGACAUAUAGGUUAAACAAAAGUGGUGCUAUUAUUGAGUUCUAGACCAUUCCUUUUACUUUUAACCUCUGUGUAACGUUUGACCCAAUAACCCAAUGACCCAAUAAACGUUCAGUAUAGUCGGCUGAAAUAAGGUCUAUGUAAGUAUUAUUGCUGAUGCUGCUCGCGACGCUGCUCACUGGAUGUGGCUAUCGGAACCUUGCUGUGUGUGUGUUGAAUUGCUCUCAGUGAACGCCUCGGGUGGUGGGGCAGUCAUAUAUCAUUUUUAUUUUGUCACACUUUAGGAGAAUUGGAAAUAAGAUGAAUGAAAAUGGGGCAACUGGGUCAGAUAUGUGCUGCAGAUAUGGUAUAGAUUACAGUAUUCAGUAUAGGAAUUGGCUGUACUAAUCAUUAGCUAUGUUGGCAGACAGUAGCCAUAUUAUCAUCUACUGAACCUUUGAUGCCCUCAAGGCUGCUGGCAGAAUAGGGUUUACCACAUCUUGUGGCCCCUGACGCUUCUUCUACAUACCAAAUAUUCCUUACCCUAAUGAAAAGUGUCAAGUGAGCAGUAUUAUUAUACUUGAACCAAUCUGCUAACAUACUGUAACAAUGGACAAUGCAAUCAUAAUCUUUGGAUAUCUAACUAGUAACAAUGUAAAAUUGAACCCCCAAAGAUUUGCCUCCCCCCUCCACGUAAUUUUAAACUAAAAAUGCGACCAUAUCUAAAAAAAAACCCCAUCAGUUUGUAAGGUUUGCUAGUAAGAAUGGAGCCCUGAAGCAGUUGAGAACAGCUGCAUUGUCUAUAUUCCCGCAUGUCAGUGCUACAGGACUGAGCGAGAGAUUCAGUGUGACAAAACACUAAAGAUAUCACUAAUUACCACUGACUAUAACUAACUCAUGGCAAAUCAAUGGUGUGUCAUGUGUCCCAUCUGCCUACAAAAGAUUCAGGCAUUAAAUAAGGGGAAUGUGGGGUAUCAUGAAAACAAGAGGAAUUGAUUGUUCAGAUUAACAGUAACAAUCUGAUCUAACCCACCUUCUUUACUAAGUGCCUUUUUUGAAGCUGAGACCUGGUAUACCCGCCCCCUUCUUAUUCCUUACUCCUCCUUUCUUUUAUUUUGUCUGAUUUUGUAAAAAAAAAUGUCUGUGUGCUAAAUGGAAAAAAAAUAAAAUUCAGAGUAACUCAA